CUCGAGCGUCGACGCGAUCCUCCCCCUCGCUCGCUCGUCAUUUGCUCCGCGCUCCGCGAUGCGCCUUCCUCCGUGAGCAACUGGUUGCUCCCGCGGUCCCGCUCCUCUCGCGGCCGUCCUCCCUUCGCGCGGAACAUUCCGUGAACUUUAAAACAAUCAACGUCCGUAUUUCGGCCUCUAGUAAGCUUUACAACCUCUUCCUGUAAGUCCUCGGAGUUUUAAAUUGCUCGAAUUCGCUCCCAAAUUUGGAUUCGAUAACCUAGUUCAAGAUUCCGUGGUUUGCGGGUUGCAUAACUUUUACUGAAUUGUAUGCAUUGCAUAUUGCAUAACUUCGAAUUUCCUUGUGCUGCGGAUUGCAUAACUUCAAGUUCGCCGAAAUUCUCAUAGUAGUUGUGAAAUACAGUCGUUCUUGAUAAUCACCCCUGGUUCUGCGGCCUUCAUCCAGUUUUCGAGGCGCCACGAACCUCAGCCUUGACCAGAAAUAACGGAAAGCUAAGACUCAUUUCUCCUCAACAAGUCUACUGUUUCUCAACUUGAAAUAAAUUCGGAUUUCGCAGUCAGUUCAUUGUGAACCCUUCAGUUCUCGCACGGAAGCAAUUUAUUCUCGGGGCCAUCUCCAAGAACGAAACCUCUCGCGGUCGGGUCAGUUUCCCGCUCGGCAUUCACCCAGACCAUCGACAAUGUCCCCCUCCCUCGGAUCGGAACCGACUGUUCUCCCGGUGUGAAAAUGUGCUCCAGUGAAUCGAAGCGUUCCCGACGGAGGUUCCCGGGACCUCCGCUCAUAAUUUUCCUGCAAGUCCUGAGAUGAACGCGGAGUGAAUCGCCGUUAUAAAAAUGUAAAUCCGCCGAGAGAUAAUUCCCCUAGCCGUAGUUCGUCGCUUCAAAUUCUAGAUCGCGUUAGUGACCCGCUUUUCUUCCGUCUCCCGUCCUACGUCUGUCCCCAACCAUGAUUCCGACCAACGUAAUGUCUUUCAUGAAAAAGAUGGUCACCAACGAGGGAGGUACCACUGGCGCUGAUCAGACGGGUGACACAACUCUGAGCAAGCUCCGGCAAACUCUUUCGUCCAGUCUAAUGACCGCUCAAGAUAAAGUAACUAAGUUAAACACAUCCAGCCGUCCGGCGGACUUGCCGGUUUCAUCACCCGAUGAUAAAACACAGACGCCCACACAAGAGGCCACCGAGGAGACAGCAUCCACAUCAUCGAGCAGCACCGCACCACCAGCCAAGGAGAUGGGGAGCAAGGAGGGGGUGUGUCGCGUCUGCCUCAAAGUUUUCAAGCGGGAGGAUAUUCAAAUGAUCUGCUGCGAGUGCAAUCUCAAAGUCUGCGAGGACUGCGCCUCCUACUCCGAGCUCCGCGAGAACGUCGAGAAAAACACGUGGCGGUGCAGCGUGUGCAAGAUGAAGAUCCAGAACCGGACGCAGCCGAUCCUGACGCAAGACUCGACGGACAGCAACCUGGGCGUGCCGUGCGUGGACACGCUGCAGCGACGUCAUUCGGACGUCAAGAUCGGCUCCUCGAGCUCCGGCGGGGCCGGCGGUCUCGGCUCCGGCCUCGCCCCGCCCCGCUCCCCGGAGCUCCGCAGGCACUCAGACGUCUCGCCAGCCUCGCUCAAGGAACUAGAGAAGACUGUUCUUAAAGUAAAUAGGGAAAGGGAAUUACAACAGUGGGGUCCAAAAGGCCUUGGUGGAAAUAGUCCAUCGAUAGAACGAAGAGGGCUGCCAGGUGACCUGCGACAACAGCCCAAAACCUCACAAAUGAACCUAGGUGGCGUUUAUUUUGCAGAUAACGAAAUGGAGGGGGAGGACGGUGAUGACCCGGAGAGCAGAUGGCGGCGGGGCGGCGACAGGGUGAUGCAGAAAACGAGGCGGAAAUCCCGGGUCCAGAAACAGCACAGCUACGACGACGAGGUUAAAAACAACUCAACGCCAGGUGCCGCCACCAUCGGCAACGACAUCGGUCUAGGCCUUCCCGCUCAACUGCCGCGUCGGGCCUCGGCGUACGACGUCUACCAGGCCGGGGGCAUAAUGGGCCGCAUGGACCCUGAGCGACGCCGAUCAUCUUUCAGAGUUCCCACAGCCGUCGAGGCCGAGGAACUUGCAAAUGCCGCCCAUAUGCAAUCAACAGAUCCCUCUAGUUUAGGUCUAGACGAAGAAAGGAAAACCCGGAGAAGGGGAUCUCAGCUGCCGGAUCUGGCGGCGAUCAAGGCUGGUCUUCCGCAGGCGCUGAGCCGCUCCUCGAACCCGGCGCGGUCCUCGGGGCCGGACGAGGAGGCGAUCCGGCGGCAGGCGUCCGUUUCCGCGGCGGAGGACAUCAAAAUUGUGAUACAUGACGUAGACUGUGAUCAACGCUCCAAUUCCAAACGGCGGCUCGUCCUCAGGCGCGAUCCCGCCGACCAUACGCGAAGGACUCGAGGUUUUGGAAUGCGAGUGGUAGGUGGUAAGAUGGGGUCCGACGGAAGACUGUUCGCAUACAUCGUGUGGACGGUACCCGGUGGUCCAGCAGAAAAAGCAGGAUUACAACAAGGAGACAAGGUUCUGGAGUGGAACAACGUGGCGCUAACAGACCGGAGUUUCGAGGAGGUGUGCGCCGUGAUGGACCGGACGGGGGACGUGGUGGAGCUCCUCGUGGAGCACGGCGCCGACCUCCGCAUGUGCGACCUCCUCGACGAGCCCAUGCCUGCCUCCCAACGCAAGAACUCCGGAUACAACAUGCAGGGACUCACUCUAGAAAACGAAGCCGACAAAUCACUGGCCUCCCCGACGCGACGGAAGUUACCAAAAACCCCGGAACAACUGGCCAAGGAAAAACAAGUGAGCGGGCGCAUCCAGCUGCAGGUGUGGUACCACGACGAGAAAAACGAGCUGGUUGUCUCCAUCCUCGCAGCCGAUGAUCUGGCGCCCAGAGAGGAGGGCAAUUUCGGAUCAGCGCCUGAAGCCUAUGUUCAACUACGGGUAUUGCCCAUAACAGGUGAGCAAAACGCAGUGAAGACUGAAGUAGCGGAGCCGUCCCAAAAUCCGAUUUGGAAUACGACACUUGAACUGUCCAAUGUCACUGGUGAACAACUCAUGGACAAAAUGGUCGAGGUCACCUUAUGGGAUCAUCGCCCGGACAAGGAACAAGUAUUCUUAGGCGAAUGCACUGUAGAUCUCCAGAAAGCCCUUCUGGACGACAGACCUGUCUGGUAUCGUCUGGAAGAUCCCAGGCAAAUCAGGAGUGGCCGUUCGCCGAGGGGAUCCCUCGUUUCCGAAGUCACCCAAAGACUGAUCAAUAGAAACAAUAGAUCGAUAUCAGAGGAUCGAGACAGUGAGGAUCUCGGGGACGGCUAUAGUUUCCUGCACCCGGACCACGCCUACGCGGGCAACUCGCGGCGCGGCUCCAGCCAAUCGGAGCAGCUCGAGGUGGAGACUUACCAGCUCAACAAAGACUUCUCUAGGUCUCUCCCCGGCUCCCGAAGGAGCUCCUUCCAAUCCGCCCAAGAAAAAGCAGAAAACGAUCUGCCACCCUCAAGUUACGUGAGCAAAAGCAGACGACGAAGCUCUUGCACUCCAAGGCAAGACCCUGACGAAAUUUUACGAAAUUUGAAAGCUGUAAAAGGUGAACUGUUGGGCCGCAGCAUGAGCAUAUGUGGUGGCGAUAAGCGACCCUACAGGCGAGGACGGGACGGGAAAGUGAGGAAAAGCUCUUGUGUCGCAGAAAUGAGUGAAACAGCAUCCAGAAUGAACGACUAUUCUGAUGACGACGACAGAAACCAGCUGGAUUUGAUCAACUUGGGGCCUGGCCAAAUUUUACCUCGUGGAUACCGCGCUUUCUGUGAUGGCAAUUUACGGCUGAAGUUGGGACUGCUCAUGACAAAAGGACAAUUAGAAGUAGAAGUUGUAUGCGCUAGUGGCAUCGAGUCCGAAGACAAUCCACCAGACACGUACGUGAAGACGUACCUGCGCGACAACGACCGGUGGCUGCAGAAGCGGAAGACGCGGGUGGUGCGGCACUCGUGCGAGCCGCAGUACCGGCAGACGCUCAAGUACUCGGCCUGCGACGUCCUCGGGCGGACCCUCCUGGUCAUGCUCUGGGAGCGGCAGAAGGGCUUCGAGCACAACCAGGGCCUCGGCGGGGCCGAGGUCUCCCUGGACCAGCUCAAGCUCACCCAGCUCACCCAGGGCUGGUACCCGCUCUUCCCCAUCCAGACCCUCGGAUCCGACUCCAACGAUUCGCCUUGACUCCCGACCGGACUCCGAGCUCUACGCGCCCUCCCCAGACACGUUUCCAACUCCCGCAAUAUCCCGUUUUCCGGAACUUUUGAGAUUUUCACCAGACUUGCUGUAUUCCUGGAACUUUUGCACGUACUCGAAACUUUUGUAAUUUUCUGGAACUUAUUUUACCUGGGACUCAUCGUGCUUACCGGAACUUUCCGAAAUAUUUGCAAUAUCCCGAAGAUUUUGCGUUUUCCAGAGCGCUUGCAUCAUUCUACAACUUUUUUGAUUAUUUGACAUUUUGCAAUAUCCUGGUAGUAGAAGGAUUUUCUCGAACUUUUGUAACAUUUAAAAAUUUGUUGAUUUUCCGGAAAUUUUGCAUAAUCCUGGAACUAAUUUACACUGGUA